AAGACCACAGGGAAGACCAAGGCAUAGAUUCUUGGCUACUGGAGACUCUUUUAAAUCUAUAGCAUUCAGUUAUCGCCUCGGAUUAAGCACCGUGCAAAACAUUGUUGUGGCCUUAUGCAACGUUAUUAUACAACAAUUAUUGGAAUCGCAUAUGCCCAUUCCAACAAAUGAAAAAUGGUGCGGGAUUGCCAAUGCAUUUUGGAAUGCGUGGAACUUUCCGAACUGUGUUGGUGCCAUUGAUGGUAAACACGUUGUAAUAACAGCCCCUGCUAACAGCGGAUCCUUGUAUUUUAAUUGCAAAAAGACAUUUUCAAUUGUGUUGAUGGCUCUUGUGGAUGCUAAUUAUAAUUUUAUUGCGGUGGAUAUUGGCGCCUAUGGAAAAAAUAGCGACGGGGGUAUAUUUGCCAACUCGAAGCUUGGAAAAUAUCUGGCUCAGAAAAAGCUAAAUAUACCUGAAGAUAAACCAUUUCCAGAGACAGUAACACCCAUGCCGCACGUCAUAAUUGGAGAUGAAGCCUUCCCACUGAAGACUUACUUAGUGAGACCAUAUCCUGCUUCACAAGAAGCUGAUCUGACAAAAAGUAAUUUCAACAAAAGAUUGUCACGUGCGCGAAAAGUUGUUGAAAACGCAUUUGGGAUUCUAACCCAAAAGUUUCGUUUGUACAAUAGAAGAAUACAAUUGAAACCCGAGAAUGCAGAGAAAGUUAUAUUGACCACAUGCAUACUACACAAUUUCAUUAAAACCGGUGGUAAUGUGAACUUUCAUGUACAAGACCAGACUUCACAUAAUUCACCUAAUAAUUUCAAUACAAUACGACGUCAAGGAGGCAAGAGUCAGGACGCUGCUUUACGCAUCAGGGAACAAUUUGCUAGGUUUCUAAAUUCGCCAGAGGGAAGAAUAGGCUAAAACAUAGGCCUACAGUAUAACUUACAUAUCACUGUACUUAAUUAAUGUUUAAAAUAAGAUAUUUCUUUACUUACCAGAUGUGUGUAACUUUUGAGCAAUUUCUCUCCAUGCUGUG